AUGGCGGCUCUGUCUCGCGCUCCAUACGCGGAGUUUUACCGCGUCCUGUCUCAGGUGGAUGUGCAGACCGGCGUUCAGUACACCUUCGGGGAACUGCUGGACAGCUGCCGUCGCAUCGCCGCUGGACUCCGCAGGCUCGGACUGCGCGCCGGCGACAUUGUCGGUUUUCACUGUGUCAACAGCUACGAGUUCAUGGUCGCCAUGUGCGGGACUUUCUUUGCUGGUGGCGUAGCCAAUAUGAUCAAGACUAAUCUCACUCGCGGUGAAGUUCAACGCCAGCUAAUUGAUUCCCAACCAAUGUUCGUUGUAUGUGACCAAAAGGACGCAGCCAAGGUCAAGAAGGCUUGCGAAGGCAUUGUGUCGGUGAAGGUGGUUCAUCCCGAGAGCCGUCAAACUCUUGGUCCGAACGAGCAAGGGGAGAUCUGCGUGCGAGGACCAAACGCUUUCAAGGGAUACCUCAAGAACGAGAUAAAAACUUCCGAAGCUUACGAGAACGGCUUCGUUCGCACCGGGGACAUCGGUUACUACUCUUCCGAAGGCCGCAUCUUCGUCUGCGGCCGUUUGAAAGAGCUCAUCAAAUGCAUGGACCAGCAGGUGGCGCCUGCAGAGCUGGAAGAGCUUCUGGCUGCAGACCCGGACGUGCUACAGGCGAUCGUGGUUGGAGUGCCGCACCCACACCACGGAGAGGCCCCUCGGGCAUUCGUGGUGCCCCGGCGCCGCCUUGCUGGACCCGACGAAGAGGAGCGCGAGGCCGACAGGCUGAAGGAGCUCGUUGCUGCAAAUCUUGCCCACCACAAGCACCUGUACGGCGGUGUACAGUUCAUGGACUGCCUACCGCAGACUGGAAGUUACAAGGAUUCGCGCAGUGCCCUCAAGGAGCUGUACAUUAAGCAGAACAGAUGCGCCAACAAGCGAUGUUAG